UGUGCGUGUGAAAUGUUUAAACGUCAAAAAGGUUGCAGUAAAAAGAAAUAUUUUUAAUGUGUAGAGAGACAUUUAUGUUGUGUAUAAUUUGCGUAUCACAGCCGUAAGAGAGAAGAAAAAAAAAACGGUCGCAUCAAGUACACCUAAAUCGUCUUAUACCGAAAUAUUUAUUUUCUCAAUAAUUUGAAACCAUGAACACGAUUUUCAUUCAAAAGGCAUACAAAUCUUGUUAAGGUUUGCUGGCACUUCGUUCAUAUUUUUCUUUGACUCAAAUUGCCUUUAUUUGUUGUUUAAUUUAAAGUCAUCAGAAACAACACAAAAACUGCUGACUAAAUUCGUAAAUAAUAAAAUCAUUUCGUCAGUUCACGAGGACACAACAAAAGUGUUUUUUUUUUAUUUGGUCAUACUUUGUGGUUCGUCGUUUGUUUGGUGGAAAUAAGAAAAAAGUAAAUUGAAAAUUUAAAAAAAAAUUAAAAUUAACUAAAACAAAGUGUAUAAUGGUGAAUGGUGGCAGUGUUUUUCGAGAUAUCACCAACCAAUCGAUACAUGGAGACCUUAUCAGACACAGAUUGUAUAACAGUACUAAAGAUUCAAUAUCCUACCUGCAGCGCUUAGAUUUGUACAAGCAGCUGAAGGUUCACAAAGGAUGUGUAAAUACGAUCUCUUGGAAUAACACUGGUGAAUACAUUCUAUCCGGCUCAGAUGAUCAAUCAAUUGUUGUCACAAAUCCCUACAAUGGAAGAGUAUUGGUUCAAUAUAAAACCGCCCAUCGAGCAAAUAUUUUUAGUGCAAAAUUUAUGCCACAAUCAAACGACACAUCCAUAGUCAGCUGUAGUGGCGAUGGCAUUGUUCUAUAUACGCAAUUAACUAGUCAACCAUUUAAUGAUACGAAUGCGGCGAAUUUAAAUUAUUUCAAUUGUCACAGUACGGGUACCACAUACGAAGUUCUGACCAUCCCAACUGAGAGUAAUUCCUUUAUGUCGUGUGGAGAGGAUGGAACUGUCCGAUUAUUUGAUUUGAGAAAAAUAUCGAGAUGUCAGAAGGUGUGCUGCAAAGACAAUAUAUUGAUAUUGUGUCCGUCAGCUAUUACCGCAAUGUGCGCCUCACCAGUUUCCUCAAAUUACAUUGCUGUGGGCAGUUCAGACAGUCAUAUCCGGAUAUAUGAUCGCCGAUAUUUGUCGCUGAUUGAUUUCAAUGGACCAAAUUCGUCGACAACAAAUAACUACACAGUACCCGUCAAAACAUUCACAAUUCCGUCAUUGGAGAAACGUCCCUUCCGUGUCACAUCCAUCAAAUACAGUUCCGAUGAGUCCGAGCUGUUGGUCAGCUAUUCAUCGGAUCAUUUGUACUUGUUUGAUGUAACCAAAGAGGGAAUCAAUGUGAAAAAUCCUGACGAAUCUUCCAAGCGCUCGAAGAGAAGUAACAUUGAUUCAUCGCCAAGCGUUCGAAGACUGAGAUUGCGUGGAGAUUGGUCAGACACCGGGCCGCAGGCCAGGCCGGAACGAGAAGCGCAAAGGGUCACUGUUGGACAGGCCAGACCUCAAUUACAGGCUACGAUAAUGCAUCGUAUGACUGAAGUUUUGUCGAGAAUGUUGGCUGAUCCGCGGACAAGAAUCGGACUGAGCGCCCACGGAAAUGAGAUAGCGGAUCAUCAAAAUUUCGCGAAUUCGGUACAACAAUUUCAAAGCAUUGCUGAGCAAGAUAAUUUACCAAACAGUUCCCAUUCGUCCGUACCAGAACCAACAAACGAACAAAGCCGCCAAAGGGACACAAAUAUGUCGGACGAGAGUAAUCAACAGUCGGGUUCGAGUAGCCAAGAUCAAAACAGUGGAAACCGUGAUAUUGACAUCGUGCCAUACGAUUCAACGACAAUGGAUUGGAAUGUCAGCGACAUCGACAUGGAGCAGCUCAACACAUUUGAUUAUAUGAAAAUGAAGUUUAUUGGGCAUCGGAAUGCAAGAACCAUGAUAAAAGAGGCUACGUUCUGGGGCAACGAUUACAUAAUGUCUGGCUCGGAUUGUGGACACGUAUUCGCUUGGGAAAGAAAGACUGGAAAACUUGUGAUGUUAUUAGAGGCUGAUCAGCAUGUUGUAAAUUGCCUGCAACCACAUCCAACACUGCCUUAUCUGGCGACCUCGGGUAUUGACUACGACAUCAAAAUCUGGUCACCAAUGGACGAAGAAAAGGAACGAUUUGAUGAGAGUAAAGCUCAAGAUUUGAUGCAAAGAAAUGCUGUGAUGUUGGAAGAAACAAAAGACACAAUUACUGUACCAGCUGCAUUCAUGAUUCGGAUGCUAGCCUGCAUACACUCAUUACGUAAUAGACGAGGAUCGCAACCAAAUAAUAGCCCUAGACGUCAGGAAAACAAUGAAAUGUGAAAUUUAGUGCGUAAAAAUUUGUUGUUAACGUUUUCAAAGUGAAUUGAUCAAUUUAGUGAGAUGUUAUUUAGAAAUAUGCUGGCAAACCAUCGUAUAUUGAAACUAUUAUACUGAUUAAAAUCUGCAAUUUGCUUUCAGAAAUUGAAAA